AUGGCCUCGACGAACGAUCGUCCUCGCGUGUCCCUCUCCCAAGGGAUCUUGGUGGGCACUCACUUGAAUGCUGAAUAUCCAGCAAGCCUCGACGCAUUUCUGGGAAUCCCGUAUGCUCUUCCGCCAACGGGCGAUAGACGAUUCAAACAGCCGCAGAAAUUGCCGGCGUCGACGGAAAUCAUCGACGCCUCUUGGUAUGGACCCAUGGCCCCGGGCAAGGCCUUGCUCUUGCCGCCUGGUGGACCGAAGAUCCCGCAAAGCGAAGACUGUCUUACGGCGAAUAUCUUUCGGCCUGCUGGAACAGAAGCCACAGACAGAUUACCGGUCGCUGUCUAUAUUCACGGGGGUGCGUUUAAUCAUGGAUCUGCGACGAUGCACGACACGGCGGCAAUGGUUGCAUGGUCCGAGUCGCCCUUUAUCGGGGUCAGCUUUGGCUAUCGACUGGGCGCAUUAGGGUUUCUGCCUUCUUCUCUAACGAAGAGAGAAGGGAUUCUGAACUUGGGUCUUCGCGAUCAAAUUCACUUGCUGGAGUGGGUGCAAGAGAAUAUUAGUGAAUUUGGAGGAGAUCCUGGCAAUGUGACAUUAUUCGGGUUGUCUGCUGGCGCACACUCGAUAGGACACCACUUAUUGAACUAUAAAGAGGGUAACCCCGCUCUUUUUCACCGGGUCAUUAUGGAAUCGGGCGCUCCAACCUCUCGAGCCAUUCAUCACUACAAUGCAAAGAUCCAUGAGAAGCAAUUCGCCGACUUCCUUCGUGAAGUUGGAUGUCCUCCUCACUUGAACGAAGAGGAGAUCUUCCCUUUUCUUCGAUCAUUGCCCAGCACGACCCUGACAAAAGCACAAGAAAAGAUCUUCGAAGAUUAUAGUGCUUCUCUGCACUGGGCAUUUCAACCAGUCAUAGACGAAGACAUCAUCUCUCGAAAACCCCUAGAGGCAUGGAUCUCUGGACAAUGGAACAAAGUUCCCAUCUUGACCGGGUUCGCCACGAACGAAGGAACAAUGUACGUGGACAAAAAGAUGUCAGAAACCUCCCAAUUCCGAACCUUCUGGUCCAAUCUCCUGCCUGGACUUUCACCGUCGGACCUGAGCGCCAUUGAACAACUCUACCCCGAUCCGAACACAGAUCAUACCUCGCCUUACACUGAAACCCGAAAGAACCACGGCCUAGGGUCCCAAUUUAAACGCAUCGAGGCUGCAUAUGCCCAAUACGCUUACAUUGCCCCCGUUCGCCAGACUGCCAAUUUCGCAGCCACCCAAGGCGUGCCCGUCUAUCUGUACCACUGGGCUUUCCCCCGCACGGUGAUCGGUCGAGCAAACCAUGGAGAUAACAUGUUCUACGAAACGUUCAGCAAGCGAAUUACCGAGAUUUCACAAUCACAAAAGGAGUUGUCGGGGACUCUUCAUGCUUACUUGACCAGUUUUAUCGCUCAUGGAGACCCAAAUGUUAUACGGGGUCGAUUCUCUCAAAGGCCGAAAUGGAGCAGGUUCGUUCCCGACGAGCCUUGUGCGAUGGUUUUUGGGCAAGGCAAUGAGGAAUUGAUUGGAGGUGACAUUGCUCCUUCGGCGAGGUUUGGCCCCGAUGAAUGGGCGAGGGAGGAGACUGGGUUCUGGUGGAGCAGAGCCUCCAUUUCUCAGCUUGUAUGA